UCAUCCUGUGUCAAGUGACGAUCCCGCUCGAGUCAAGUAGAAUGAGAUUUUGUCACGCCCCCACGUGAGGCGCGUUUGACUGCCUUGCGCUCAGGCCUCUCGUCGCGGUUACCACGCGUCGCUAUCGUUCCAUAAGCUGCCAUUGUCAAGUUUCCGAUCGCUUGAGUGUUUUCCAUGAGCUUUUGUUAUGUACAUUUAUCUGCGCCGUUCUCAUUUUCCGGAUCCCCAUCAUUCUCUUCAAGCGUGAAUGAGACCCAUUGGAAUGGACAAUACUACUUCGCAACAAGAAUCGAGAGAUGCGUUUGCGAGACGAAAUGGAGACUAUGAUGACCCCGGGGCCAUGAAAAUGUGGUUUGGGAAACGCAAAUCGGAACGCCUCGACAGGCUCGACGAAGGUUAUCGGAGGGGGUUAUUGAAGAUUCGUCGCCAAGGGCCAAAUCGCACGAGGGUACAAGACUUCGAAGAUUACAAAGUCAUCCACGAUCGCUUCCUCGAAAAGCUUGAUGAAAAGCGAAGCCCGAUGUCAACAAUCAUCUGGUUCGGGAAGUUCAAGGGCCAUGAGAUGAGACAACACUACAAUGCGUCACAGAGAUGGGCGUGGCUCAAGGGCAACGAUAUUGUAUGGCAGCCUGAUCUCGAGGAAAUCGAAGCGAGGUACGAAAAGUGGUUGGGAAGCCGAGUCCCAAGGGCGCCACCCAGUUCGAGAACGGCACCGAAUGUCGUCAAUCCAAAGGGGAAAGCGUUGGGUACGUGGGACGAUGAACCACCAGCAUCGAAUGAGACGUACGAGCGAGACUCGUUUGUUGCCUCGAAUAAUUCAACAUUUUCGGAGGAGAGUGAGAGGUCAGGCACUCGAAAGACUGACAGCUUGAUCGGAGUGAAGAAUAUGGCGGACCAUCAGGACAGAAGAUAUCCAGGUUCCUCGAGUGCCUUUUCAACAGACUCAUCAGAGAAGAGCCUGGCUGUGCUUCCAAGGCUCGCCGACAGCGCCGAGCCGAGGCAGAGUCCCAGGGGGCCUCACAAUCGACACAGUGCCCAGUCUGCCGACAGCAAUGCGAAAGAUAAACUGGCUACCAUCUCCAAAAGAAAGUGCGAUGCCAUGCUCAACCUUUCCCAGCCGCUCCCGCAGUCCGGAAGGAAUCGUCCCGAGGUCAUCACACCGAGGAAGAGGAAGAGAACCAGCAGAAAGUCCACAAACCCAUCGCCUCUGAGCCAGCGCAAAGCAACAAACCGCCAACCGCUCGCAAAUAUGAAUAUCAUAAAUUCCAAUACGCCAUCUCGCUCGCAGGAUGAGAAGUAUCUCGCUCAAGGCUCUUCGGGGACUAUUGUGGUCCAGAUGCCUAAUACUAGGAACAGCGUCUCUACAAAGCAUUCUCCGAAAUACGGAAAGAAGUUAGCUGAGGCUCCGGCGGGGCUAAAGGCUUUCUUUCGCAUGUAGAGUCCGUAGCAGGCUCUUCCAUUUCCUGUGUAGAUAUUUCUUUUCCCUCGAGCUUCAUGUUUCUGAAUCGAGUGUGUCGUCAAUCGGCUGGUAGGGCCGUGAUCGGAGUACUCACAUGGGUCAAGGGUUUUCCAUUCGUAUUGGGUUUGGGGUGGAGGUCUGGUCUUAGUGAUAUCCAUAUU